UCCGGGGCCUCGCGCGACGGCGCCCUUUCUUUCUCCUUCUACUCCCUCCCUGCUCUCUGCCAUGACGCCCCUGUUUCUCGCACUGCCCUGUCGCCUCCCACGUUCCAUUUCAUUGGCCACGACAUAAGGUCAUUUUUGGAAGCCAAAUCAUGGCGCUGGCUGCACACUCAAUGUGUUUCUUCCACCGGGGAGGCAGUGCCAAUAUAUGCAUCAGAUUGGGCCUGACAAUUGAGAAGAGGUUGCGAAAGGUAAGAAGGAUUGCUUGUGGUAGGGUGGUGGUGCUCCAAGUAUUGUCCAACAGCAACGACUCAACACAAUUGCGACUGUUGAGACCUUGUGGACAUCACCGCAGUUUGGGUUCGAGACCUUCGAAAUCGCUCAGACAACAGAAACAAGAAUUCUCCGCUUCGGCGCACGGCACCCGCACAAAUACACCCCAGGUACUCGCUGGUUCCUGUCCUGUCUCAGGGGCUUCCUCUUCAUUGGUCAUUUUUGGCUCUCAGGUGUCUGAAUUUCUGGCGGAGAGAGCGACUGUUUUCCUGAAAGAUUGGAGCUACUCGCGCUUCUUGGAAUUGACCGGUAUAUUGUUGUGUGCUCUUAUUAUUAUUCCGUCGGCCGAUGCUGUUGAUGCUCUCAGAACUUGUGCCUGCUUAUUGAAGGAAUGCAGGAUAGAACUGGCCAAGUGCAUAUCCAAUCCAUCCUGCGCUGCCAAUAUUGCUUGUCUCCAAACUUGCAAUGAUCGACCUGAUGAGACUGAAUGCCAAAUCAAAUGCGGGGACGUGUUCGUGAACAAUGUGGUUGAUGAAUUCAACGAGUGUGCAGUCUCGAGGAAAAAAUGUGUGCCUAGGAAAUCUGAUGUCGGAGAAUUUCCCGCUCCAAAUCCCGAUGUCCUGGUGAAGAGCUUUGACAUUGGAGAUUUCAGUGGGAAGUGGUUCAUCAGUGCCGGCUUAAAUCCUUCCUUUGAUACUUUUGACUGCCAAUUGCAUGAAUUUCACACUGAAUCCAACAAACUUGUUGGUAAUUUAUCAUGGAGAGUACAGGCUCUAGAUGGCGGAUUUCUUACUCGAUCAGCUGUGCAGAGAUUUGUACAAGAUCAUUCUCAGCCUGGGAUACUCUACAAUCACGAUAAUGAGUACCUUCACUAUCAGGACGACUGGUACAUUAUAUCAUCGAAGAUUGAGAAGAAAGCAGACGAUUACGUAUUUGUUUAUUACAGAGGGAGGAACGAUGCAUGGGAUGGGUACGGAGGUGCGGUUGUGUAUACAAGGAGUGCAGUUUUACCGGAAAGUAUAGUUCCGGAACUCGAGAAAGCAGCAAAGAGGGUGGGAAGGGACUUCAGCAAGUUCAAGAGAACAGAUAACAGGUGUGGGCCAGAGCCUUCCCUGGUGGAGAAAUUGGAGAAAAAAGUAGAGGAAGGGGAGGAGACGAUUGUGAGGGAGGUAGAAGAGUUAGAAGGGGAGGUAGAAAGGGUGGGUAAAACGGAGAUGAACCUGUUUCAGAGGCUAGCGGAAGGGUUCAAAGUACUUCGGGAAGACGAGGAAAAUUUCUUGAGGGGCCUCAGCAACGAAGAAAUGAACCUGCUCAACCAGCUUCAAAUGGAAGCCACUCAAGUAGAGGAGCUCUUCGGACGUGCCUUGCCACUCAGGAAACUCAGAUAACUGCUCCAUGCCAAACCACUUUUAUUUCAUCUUCGGUCUCUGUCUGCUGUUGCCAUUGUGUCUAUUUCAGAAUCAUCACAUUAUUUCCGACUCAUUGCCAUUCGUUACGGUCUCUUUGUGAAUAUUCACUAAUAGUGCUGUCACUCGUGCGACCACCGACGUCAUGUCCCAAGUUUUAGUCCUAUCUCGAUGCUAGCAAAGUGGAACCACCCAACAAUUACAUUUAACCGUGGAAAUUGAUGCUAAACAAAUUCAAUGCAGAGUGAAAAACUAUUGUCCACUGAUGAGUCGAUGCUGGAAGAAUCGGGAGGGUGAAAGCAAAAUAAUACCAAAUACGUUCCUGAA